CUUUGAUAACUGUCACUUUGGAUAUUUUUAUACUUUUACAACAAAAUACUUUCUGUACCUAUAUAAUUGUAUUUGAAACAUGUCCAAAGCCAUGGCAUUCGUGGUGGUAUACUCCAUUUUCUUGCUAUUCUUGUUCUGUGUAAUGUGCUACCUCAUGAGUACUAUUAACCCAGCGCCAUUGACCAUCGUUGAGCAGCAUAAAGCUAAUGGCACGAGGAGGUUCCUAGAUUUAAACCUGAAGCCACUCAUCGUCAACAAUCCAGCGACAGUUGACAACGUGGAAUACGGUCUAGAAAAAGUACGGGACGACGAGUAUUUGUCAUCUCGGGUAUAUCCACUUUACUUGUACAGUACUGCGAGGAUCGAGGGAUUCAAUGGACCCGAUAUACUGGAAACCGUACAACCACCAGUGUGGCCGGUCCAAACGGAAUCUAGAGACAUCAUUCACUUCCCCAUUAUCAUUAUGGAGGAAAAUAAUACUUCAAUGUUACAAUUUGAAACUGCACCAAUAAAAUCCUACAGAAGAUCUGUGAAUAGUGACCCAGAUGAUAAAAAAGCCAUCAUCUUCAAAGUUCUGCAUGGAAAUGGCGGGCCACGAAUCGAAAUCAAACUAGAUACUAAUAAAAAUAUUGAAAGAAGGAAACCGAACUUCAAAUUCGCCGAACCAACUCCAUCCGAUAACGAUAGAGGUGUGGAAAAACCCAAAUUAAGUGAUAACAAAAUUAUUAAAAUGGUUUCAAACGACACGAUUGUGAUUUAUGGCGAUGGUAAUCCAUCAGAAACCGAUCAGAAAGAUUAUGUACAAGAUAUAACGAGUCUGAAUGAAAAAAACAAACAUAAAAAUACAAAACAACCAAUAAUUGAUAUUAAAAAUAAAGUUCAAUCGAUUACAUACCGAAAACCGAAGAAAUAUGCUCUAAAUGUCAGUUUAAGUGAUUCGGGCAACGUCAAAAUUCAGAAUGUUACAAAUGGCAUUAGAAGUUAAUACCUAGCUGCAAUGCAGAGUGUAUUUUAAUUCGUGGCUGUUGCAAUACAAAAUCAAAUAAUUAUGAAUUGCCACGUAUUAUGUGUGUAUAAAUAUUAAUAUAUAUUAAUCCAUAUGCGGGUAAAGAUAAAUCAAGGAAUGUUAUGUUCUACUAAAAGAAAUCUUUUGGUCUGUAUGUAGCAAUGUUUUUAUUCAUGUUGUAACUUGUAUGUUUCAUGACCGUCCACUUUUGUAUUAAUAAUAUUGAAGUUAGAUCUUCUAUAAAGAAAUUCACAUGCAUUUUCUUUUAGUUACGUACAUGUUCUGAAAAUAAUAAAUGAAAUUUGAGA